AAGACUUCGGGUCAGGGAGAAUGUAUAAAUGUCCAUCGCCAUUGAGGUUCUGCUAUAUUUGAGAAGCUGAAGCGAACUCCAAGGACACAGUUCACAGGUUGAUUUUGCUUCUCAGCUCCAAAGUUCGGAUUGAUCUGGGGACAAUUAUUACGCCUCUGCGGCGGAUAACUCAGAAGAGAGCCUGUGAAGGAGGCAUCGAGGGGGCUCAUAUCGAGACCUGCAUCCUACCUCCCCGGCAUGUGCACUGCGAGGUGUGCCAAGUGCCUGGGCAGCACCCUCAUACCCCUCGCUGUGUCUGGCUUCCUGGCUCACCUCCUGCUAUUUUUCCCUGGAGGAAAAGUGAUAGACAACAAUGACCACCUUUCUGACGAGGUCUGGUAUUUUGGAGGAAUAUUAGGAAGCGGGGUCUUGAUGAUCUUCCCUGCGCUGGUGUUCUUGGGCCUGAAGAACAAUGACUGCUGCAGGUGCUGUGGCAACGAGAGCUGUGGGAAGCGCUUUGCGAUGUUCACCUCCACAAUAUUUGCUGUGGUUGGAGUCUUGGGUGCUGGAUACUCAUUUAUCAUCUCAGCUGUCUCAAUCAACAAGGGUCCAAAAUGCCUCAUGGUCAAUAAUAGCACGUGGGGCUACCCCUUCCUGGACGGGAAUUACCUCAGGGACAGUGACCUAUGGAGCCAGUGCCAAAAGCCUGACAACGUGAUUCCCUGGCAUCUGACCCUCUUCUCCAUCCUGCUGAUCAUAGGGGCGGUUCAGAUACUUAUCUGUGCCAUCCAGGUGAUCAACGGCCUCCUGGGGACCCUGUGUGGAGACUGCCAGUGCUGUGGCUGCUGUCAGGGAGAUGGACCAGUCUAAACCUCCAUGAUUAGCUGCUCUAACUUAAUGGUGUGUGAGAAGAUACAUCAAACUUAUUCUUCUCUUCUUGGGAUUGCCAAUUCCUAUCUGCUUCCUAACUGACAAAGUUUAGGGAAGCCAGAGUUAUUCCUUCUCCUUUCCAACCCGGUCAGCUCAACUUAGAAUCUUAUGUUAGUUUCAAAUAAAAAAUAAUUUGGCCACUUAA